AGUCAGCCACAAGGAAGCGAGGCACGAGAAGCAGCCAGCAGCAGAAUGAGCGUAUGGUAACUGUUUUGUUUGAGGAAGAGGGAGUUUAAAAAUUUGGACUCAUUUUUUACUCGCCCUAAAGGUUGGAAGCACAACAUAAAUUCAAAAUGAGCUCCGUGGUUUUCUCGUACGAGAGUCUGGUUCACGCUGUGUCCGGAGCAGUGGGAAGUGUGACUGCCAUGACAGUAUUCUUCCCUCUUGAUACUGCCAGACUGAGGCUUCAAGUGGAUGAAAAUAGGAAGGCCAAAUCAACUCCAGCCAUUCUGGCAGAAAUUGUCAAAGAAGAAGGACUACUAGCUCCCUACAGAGGUUGGUUCCCAGUCAUCUGCAGCUUGUGCUGCUCCAACUUUGUCUACUUCUACUGCUUCCACAGCCUCAAGGCUAGCUGGCUGAAGGGAAAGCAGUCAGCACCCAGCACUGACUUAAUCAUAGGCAUUGCUGCAGGUAUUGUAAACGUACUGGUUACGACUCCUUUGUGGGUCGUCAACACCCGGCUGAAGCUUCAAGGUUCCAAGUUUCGCAAUGCAGACAUACGUCCAACCAAUUACUCUGGCAUCCAGGAUGCAUUUGCGCAGAUCAUUCGCGAUGAAGGCGUGGGAGCACUGUGGAACGGGACCUUCCCGUCCCUGCUGCUGGUGCUGAACCCCGCCAUCCAAUUCAUGAUUUAUGAGGGCCUGAAGAGGCAGCUGAGGAGAGGAGUUCCCAGGGAGCUGUCAUCUGUUGAAGUCUUCCUCAUCGGUGCUGUUGCCAAAGCUGUUGCCACCACUGUUACCUACCCACUGCAGACCAUACAGUCCAUUCUUAGGUUUGGUCAAUUCAACGAGUCAACAGAUAAGUCAAAACUGCUGUCUAGUCUAAGGACUAUCAAGUGUCUAUUGGUCAAUAGAGUCAGGAAGUACGGCAUGUUGGGUCUGUUUAAAGGCCUGGAGGCCAAGCUGCUGCAGACGGUGCUGACAGCUGCCCUCAUGUUCCUUCUCUAUGAGAAGAUUGCCAGCUUCACCUUCAAGGUCAUGGGAAUGAGCAACAGCCACUACAAGAAACACUAGCUUGCAAGACACUUCACAACCAUGGACGUUUGACCACAAUAAAGCACUAACUGACUAUUAAUCACUGCUUACGGGGCAUGAUGGGCACUUAAACUUCCUGGGAAUAUGUAACUAAUGGUGCCCUUAUCCUACAAAUACUAUAAAAAUAACAUUGACUUUGACCUUCUGUAAAAAUCAUGAUGAUGACAAAAAAGGUUGGAAGUCCUGGAAGAGGUUUAAAGUCAUUGAACAUCAUGAGGAGCUGUUGUUCCCAUUACACCCCAACUUUUCCUAUAACUACUGAAGUCACUUUAACAUGUAGCUGUUUGAUUCAGGUCUACAGAGAGAUGUUAGAGAAUGAACUGCUGAUUUUCUCCUGUUGAAAUAAUAAAAUGGAUGUUACUACUUA